CACACGAGCAGUCGCCAUGGCCUCAGAGCUACCAGCCCUCGCUCUGCCUUCCACUCUGUCCCCAGACGACCUCGACUCUCUGUCCGAGCUGUCCAUUGUCCUGGCAAAGGUCCGCGCUGGGCUCAAAGCCUCUGCUCCUACUGGUGCUACCACAGAAGCGACUCCCGGAGGACCAAGCAGCGGCGGCCAGCAGCUGUCUUUCAAAGACGUUCCCGGUGCUACUGAUAAGCUCAAGCACAAAUUGCAGCAUGCCAGAGCACAGGUCCGCGCGUUACCAGACAUGGAUCGCUCCAUCGACGAGCAAAAGGCCGAAAUCAAAGAACUCGAAACGCGAAUAGAGAUGCAACGCGCCUUGCUAGAAAAGCUUCGUGAGAACGGAAUGCAGUUCAGCAAGGACGCGUACGCGGGCGGGGAUAAGAUGGAACUAUGAAAAGACACAGCUGCAGCAAUAUGAAUCGCGCACGAGCCUAAAUUAAAUUCGAACAAUCUCUGAAGAUUCUCAUGUAGCUACGAAUUGGCUAUCAAUAAACUUCGCAAUGGCUCGACCAUACAUCUCUGGAGAACUUAUAUUUUCACCAACUUAUUUUGGCGGAAUCCCAACCUUAUUCAGUAUUUGUUCCACACUGCAACCUGGUUUUCCGGGCACAACUUUCGUCCACACUUCAUCAUCAAGCCUCUGGGCUUCGGAUAGAGUAGUCCAAUUCGGACUCGGAGUUGUCUUUAACCAUUUGAAGUCAUCGACCUGGUCCCACUGGUUCUCGGUCGAUUCAUCACCUUCCAUCAGCUGUAUAGAGUCAGUGCUGCUCAGAACUGCACAACGAAUGACAUCAAUGGUAAUAGACGAUGGUACAUACAUAGCAUGACGGAAGAGGGGCAAAACGCAUGCCCGAGCAGUCUUCGAUGAUCGGGUGACUGGCGCAAUGCAGAUAGAUGUCGACAUUUUUGCAGUUAUGAAUGCGGACUUGCCGCGCAAUAACGACCAGAGUACUGUUGGACACAUCAUUGAUGUGUACAGGACCACUGACACGACCGGUUACAAUAAGGCAUCUAUCGACAUUCUUAAGCAUAAGACCGGGGAAUGGUGCUCCUUGGGCCGUAGGUAUUGAAAGGUCAAUAACACAAUUCUUGAGAUCCCGAAGCGAACCUGAUGAAGUAGCUCGCGAGGCCGAGGACGGAAGUAUGAUAUGAAGGCCGGUCUGAUCGGAAAUUCCAAUGCUUUGAGCAGCAGAGAAACUUGGUUUGCGGAUCGAUGAAGGGUCUGGCUUGGCCAACUCUUGGUUAUAGUCUUUUUGCUUCGAUGGCAGGUCUCCUACGGUAUCUUCGGCCUCGCCAGAAAUGUCCCUCGUCGCUCCUGGUGCGUCUUUUGGGUUAUGUGGGCGUCGGGAUAAGCUGCCAGGAUUCAGUCGCGGGUCAUUCUCUGGAGCACCCAUGUCAACAUGGUCGGUACCCGUGCGCCUAAAUUGGAACCGCGACUUUGGAGCUACUUUGGCCAGGGUUUCAUUGAGCCUGUCUUGAACGCCUUUGAUUGCCUAUCAAAAUCGCAAUCAGUCGGUUUCUCUUAAUACGGAGCUAUUAGGGGUGACGGACCUCUGAGUAUUGGCGUCGGUCGUAUGCAGGAGUGAAUUCGGCAGCAUCAGCAACUUCGUUCUGAAGCUUGCUGAUGCCAGCGAGGAUGUGGUCUGUAGCCUCUUGUCGUUCGCCCCCGAUCCCAGACAUAUGAGUUAGUUGGCCAAUCUGAUCUUGCAGACCUGAUAGAAAAGAACAAUAAGAAAGAACGUUAGCAGCCAUGCGGUGGUUGAUCAGCCUUCAU